UCAAAUCGUUCGAACUUUCGUUUGUCAGUUUUCCUUCGCUUUCGCACAGUUCGGAUCGGAUUCGGAAGCAAAUAUCACCACAGUGCAGCUUUUUGUCUGUCUGUCUCGACAAAAGAAAAGAACCUCUUAUCACAGUCACAGCAGAAAACUUGAAAGUCAUUUUGCAAAAGUCGUAAAUCUCUAGUCAAACUGAGUCCCGUAAAAUUGGUGAAUAAAACGGAGUCACUGCUGCGAAAAAGUGUCCAGUUAAGUUGCCGCGUAUGAUAAGUUUGUUGCGUCGCCGCCAAUUUUUGUCCGCGUCCGGAAGCCUUCGUAUUGUUCUCCAGCAGCAGCGGGACUCCUUUCUUUCCCCUUUGCCGCAGCAGCUUCAAUCGUCAAAGCAACGACCGCUGAAAACGUCCGCGGCGGCCCCGAGUCCCACGAGCAAAUUUAGCCGAAUCGCGAUGCCCGAAGCGCAGGAAUGUGCGGCCAGUUUUCGGUACCCGGAAGCCCGCCGGGACGAUUCAAUAAAGGAAGAAAUCCACGGCGUCACCAUUCCGGAUCCGUACCGAUGGCUGGAGGAUCCGGACGCGGAGGAAACCCAAGCCUACGUCGAGAAGCAGAACGAAAUUUCCAAGCCGUUUCUGGACAGCUGCGAACAGUGGAAGAUACUGAACGAGAAGCUGACCAAGCGCUGGAACUAUCCCAAGUAUUCGUGUCCGUUUAAGCACGGCAGUCGGUACUUCUUCUUCAUGAACACCGGCCUGCAGAACCAGGAUGUCUUGUAUGUUCAGAAUUCCCUAGAAGAUGAGCCCAAAGUAUUCCUGGAUCCAAAUGCCCUUUCCAAGGACGGAACCAUUGCAUUGGUAGGAUCCCGUUUCUCCGACGAUGGAAGUCUCUUUGCCUACGGGCUCAGCCAAAGUGGGUCGGAUUGGACCAAGCUGAAGGUGAGGAACGUCAGCACCGGGGAAGACUUCCCGGAGACACUGGAGCACACCAAGUUCGUGACGGCUUCCUGGGCCAAGGACAACAAGGGAUUCUUCUACGCGCGUUAUCCGGUGGUGGAUGGCAAAGCGGACGGGUCGGAAACGGCCGCCAACGAGAACCAGAAGCUUUAUUUCCACCGGGUUGGCGACUCGCAGGAUAAGGAUGUACUGAUUGCCGAGUUUCCGGAGGAGCCCUCGUGGAGAUUGAUGCCCGAGGUAUCGGACUGUGGCAAAUAUCUGAUGCUGUUCAUUAUGAAGGGAUGCAAGGAUAUGCUGCUCUACUUCAGCAAGUUGGAAUCUUCUGACAACAUCACAGGAAAGUUGGACUUUGUGAAGGUGGUCACCGAGUUCGAUAGUGAUUACGAUUACAUUACCAACGAGGGAAGCAUAUUCUCGUUCCGCACCAACAAGGGCGCCCCGAACUACCGCGUUGUGAACAUCGACUUCGACAGUCCGGCGAUGGACAACUGGAAAACCCUGAUCGAGGAGCACCCGAAGAAUGUCCUGGAUUGGUCCACCUGCGUCAACAAGGAUCGGGUCGUUCUCGGCUAUAUCAAUGACGUGAAAUCGGUUCUACAGGUCCACAGUCUGCAUGAUGGCAGUUUCGUGUCGAAGUUCCCGCUGGAAAUCGGAACCGUCGUUGGAUUCAGCGGCAAGAAGAAGUACUCGGAAAUCUUCUACCAUUUCGUGUCGUUCCUGACGCCGGGCAUUAUCUACCACUACGAUUUCGCCAAGGAGGGAACUGAGCCGAAGAUCUUCCGCCAGGUUAAGAUCGAAGACUUCGACAACAGCUUGUACAAGGUCGACCAGGUCUUCUACGAGAGCAAGGACGGCGAACGCAUCCCGAUGUUUGUGGUGCAGCGAAAGUCCGAUAAGCAAGAGAAGAAACCGUGCCUUCUGUAUGGUUAUGGAGGAUUCAACAUUUGCAUCCAACCGUCCUUCAGUAUUACCGGGCUGGUGUUCAUCGAUUCGUUCGAUGGAAUUCUGGCCUAUCCGAACAUCCGUGGUGGCGGUGAAUACGGCGAACGGUGGCACAAUGCCGGCCGGCUGCUGAAGAAGCAGAACGUCUUCGAUGACUUCCAGCAUGCGGCGCAGUUUCUGGUGGAAAGUGGUUACACCACUCACGACCAGAUUGUCAUCCAGGGCGGUUCUAACGGUGGCCUGCUGGUCGGUGCGUGCAUCAAUCAGCGCCCGGAUCUGUUUGGGGCGGCGAUCGCUCAAGUGGGGGUUAUGGACAUGUUACGCUUCCACAAGUUCACCAUCGGACGAGCCUGGGUCUCCGACUACGGUGACAUCGACGAGAAGGAACACUUCGAAAACCUGUACAAGUAUUCGCCCUUACACAACGUCCACACGCCAAAGUCCGAGAAGGAACAGUACCCGGCCACACUGGUGCUGACGGCAGAUCACGACGACCGGGUCAGUCCAUUGCACUCGCUCAAGUUCGUGGCCGCGCUACAUCACGCCAUCAAGGACUCGGAGCACCAGAAGAACCCGCUGCUACUGCGUGUCUACAGUAAGGCCGGCCACGGUAUGGGCAAACCGACGGCCAAGAAGAUCGAGGAAGCAACCGAUAUCUUGACGUUCAUGUACAAGACGUUGAAGCUGAAAUUGCAUGUUUAGUUGUAGGCCCUUGGGGAUCAACGCGAAGCGGCUGAAUAAUUCGGAUUAUGAUUGUUAGCUUUUUUAUGGCCAUCUUCUUUUUUGUUUUCACUUUUUUGUAUACCUUAUAGGUUAGUACACGGUUUGUAUUAUUGUUCAGUUGACUUAGUCAUCGGCAGUUUAGGAUAGAAUGGAUAGAAAUGAAGAAAUUCAGGUAAAUUGUAGCUUUUAUAUUGCAUGAAGAAUAUCUGAAUAAAUAAUUACUUGAAUGAAGCUUGAA